AUGGCUCGGGCAUGUGAGCUCGUGCUGCUUGCCUCCGUUGCCGUCCUCCUCGCGGGCACAGCGACGGCGUUCACGACGGGGUCGUGCAUCAAGGAGGCGGAGCAGCUGGUCCAGCGGCUGGACAAGCAGCCCACAUUGUACAGCGACAUUUCCACCGAGUUCAAGAAGCUCAUCAAGGCUGUCAAGGGCGGUUACGAUGUCGGCGAAUUCUACGACAGCACGCUUCUGCUGCCGACGAACCAGGCGAUGAAGGCGGCGAAAGUCAACCCGACCAAGAUCAAGAACAACGAGAAGCUCUACCGAAUCCACAUUUUCGACGGUCAGCUCGACGUCAUGGCCGUGGGUGACGUGCAGCUGACCAAACAGCCCGGCGUGAGCGUGAAGGUUGUUAAGUUGGCUCCGAGAGCGUCGCCUAUGAAGAUGGGCGUUCACCUGGCCAAGUCGAAGAACGUCGUUCCGGUGCUGGCGCAUCUGCACACGGGCACGGGCAACUGCUUCGAGGCGUACGGCAUCGGCGGCGUGCUGUCCUAG